GCAGGGAUGCUAAGCGGUUCAACGCAAGCGACUUAUCGGCACACCUAGUUUGCCACUUCCAAUCCAUACCUAAAAUCCAACCAUAAAGCGAAUCAACCCUGAUCCUGCGGUACAUGUCUUGGAAGAAUGGCAGACAAUCAAUGCACAAAGAAGCGACAGAAGCGAAGCCCAGGAUCAGCAGAUCGACCUAAAAUGUUGCAAGUGGCUUGUUGGACGUGUCGACGAAGGAAAACUCGCUGCGACGGAGGACGUCCAUAAUGCGCAAACUGCGUUGAGAAAGGGGAGCCAUGUAUCUACGAAACUCAAGAAGGCGAAAGUCGCGGCAUGGCCAUGCGUCGAGAGAACGGAUUGCUACAGGAUAGGGUCAAUCAGCUCGAAGCCGAAGCUGAAGCCUCAAAACCGUCGUCGCUCUCUGUCAACUCGGGCAACUCGUCAGCCGGCUCGGUCUUCGACUUUUCCGAACAACAGCGAGCAGAUAAUCUGGCCGCAGGACACACAUUCUCCCGCGCCAUAGACCUCCUGCAUUACAUGGCAACAAGUUCCGACCAAGAUGCUUCUAUGAUCCUAGCGAAGCUUCGCUCGGGCUACAGCUGGGAACAAUUGGCUGGUGAAGCUGAAGCUGUAUUGCGAGAGAAAGUAACACCGGAUGCGUCUUCGAACCCAACCAGAUCAGGAGCUUCCAGCGCGCAGCCACAAGACUGGCAACGAGACUUCCAGCAAAACUUGGACCCCGCACUACAAGGUCCAGGUCCAUGAAGGCUGAACCCUUUACGCCAACGCGCAACGGAUAUCAUACCCAUGCUCGACGAGAGCAUCAGGGGAAACAAAUUGGCUCAUGUUGAGAGCAAUCAACGCACCGAUGAAGAGCGUAGAGCGGCGAUGCGAUUUCAUAAUACCGCAUCUGCACUAUGUUUCGCGGCCAUUUUGGGCGCCAGUGAGACAUGAAACUGUUCGAUGAAGAACCCAAAGUGCAGGGGAAAUAACGCUGUCCACCACCAAGAAAAGCUGUGGCCAGGACCAGCGAGGCCUUUGAGUGUGAAACAGAGCCACAUAAUCGCAGUGGGAGAAAAGCAGGAAA